AUGAACAAUUCUACUAACUCUGAUUUUAAUAAGAUCCGACAGAUGAACGAAGUAUAUCUCUUUCCACGAGAUCAGAAAAAUAAUUUCAAUGUUAAAAGGAUGAGAUUUCGAAAACUGCUCGGAGACCAAUCCAUGGACCUGCUUAUUGUGGAGGAGGCCAGAACUACCGAUCAAAUCCCGAAUAAUAUCAACGAGGCGUUAUUUCAUCCAGAAUAUAGAGAGUAUUUUAGUGAAACUUUUGGUAUUACUGGUGUUCGCCCAGUGUUUAUAGACCAUUCUGGGAUGGUUAUUUUGACGUUAGAUGAUCAUGGUAUUAUGUUCAAAUGGAAUGAAAUGGACAAAUACAUGGAAGAAAUCUGA